AAGAAUCAUGGCUUCUAAAAGAAUAGUUUUGUUCAUCGUUAUCCUGUUUGCAGCAUGUGGCAAUUCAUGGUGGCGAAGGCGUCAUCGAAGAUGCCCAACAAAUCCUUGUAAAUGGAAAUGGGGUUCAUGCAGUAAAACUUGUGGAGGAGGAAUAAGAUAUCCAGUCAAAACUCAAAACCAGGGACAAUGUGGAAGUUGUAACAUGCCAAAAGCGAAACCCUGCAACACAAACUGCUGCCCAGUGAAUUGUAAAUGGGGAAGUUGGAAUUCCUGGUCUACCUGCUCCGAAAAAUGUGGAGGCGGUACUCAGGUUCGUUCGCGGAGAUAUUCAGGACCCUCUUGCGGCGGAGCAGCUUGUUCUGGACCGGCAGUUGAAACUCGGGCUUGUAACGAACAAUGCUGUGCAGUAAAUUGCUCUUGGGCAGCAUGGGGAGAAUGGGAAGGAUGCUCAAAAAGUUGCGGCGGUGGAAUCAAUGUUAGACACCGCGGAUUUGCAUCAGUGGCACAAUGUGGUGGACAACCUUGCAAUGGAAGUGUACAUGACGAAAAACCGUGCAACAGUCAAUGCUGUCCUACAGACUGUGCUUGGCAGAAUUGGCAACAGUGGAGCUCAUGUUCAGCACUUUGUGGAGGGGGUACACAACAAAGAAAAAGAGGACAAAAUCCUGUGUCAUCUUGCGGGGGGAGUCUAUGCGUUGGAGAAUCUGUUGACGAACGACCAUGCAAUGAAAAUUGUUGUCCUCAGAACUGCGUUUGGGGGGAGUGGGGCAACUGGACGUCGUGUACAAAAACAUGUGACGGGGGAUAUCAAUACCGCGAACGCCAAGUUGCAGUUGCUGCUUUAUGUGGUGGAAAAGAAUGUAUAGGACAAAACGAAGAAAUUGAAAUCUGCAACGAACAAUGUUGUCCAGUGGAUUGCGCCUGGAAUGAUUGGGGAGAUUGGGGCGAGUGUACGAAAACAUGCAACAAAGGAAUGCAGUCCAGAGAAAGAUCUGUCAACGUUUUCGCUUUGUGUGCAGGGCAGGACUGUGAUGGUACCACAUCCGAGACAAGAUCAUGUAAUGACUUUUGCUGUCCUUCACAAUGUGAAUAUCAUCCUUGGGGCGAAUGGAGCAUGUGCAGCAAGUCAUGCGGGAACGGAACACAAACGAGAUCACGAAAAGUUGAGAUGGGGUCAUCUUGCAUUGCAGAAAAAUGCCAAGGAGAAAAGACGGAAAUACGUGACUGCAGCACAAACUGUUGCCCGGUGAACUGUGCUCUGUCCGAAUGGACAAAAUGGUCAGAUUGCACUUACACAUGCGGAAGCAAUGGCCUGCAAAGUCGUUCAAAGCAAAUUAUUCAGCAAGCCAGUUGUGGCGGACUAGAAUGCAAUAUUCAGGAAUCUUUAAUUCAGGCACGGCAAUGCAAUCGAGUAUGUUUUAACGGUGGGUUAAUGUCAGUACUUGAUGGAUGUGCUUGCAUUGACAGCUGGACUGGUGAUUGUUGCCAAUUGGAUAUCAAUGAAUGUGAUUUCGUGACUUGCCCUGAAAAUUCUAAAUGUCUCAACACCGCUGGUUCUUUUGAAUGUGUCUGCAAUCACAACUUUACUAAGCAUGGUGGACUAUGCGACUCGUAUGACGAAUGCAGUGUUCGAGGUCAAAAAUGUCACGAACAAGCAGAAUGUAUGGGGGAAGAAGGAAAUUAUGCUUGCAAAUGUCUUCCUGGAUUUGAGGGCGAUGGAACAAUGUGUAAAGAUGUUGACGAAUGUGAAUUAGAGGAAAUACAGGCAACAAUUGAAGAACACAAUGCUUUCAAAUUGGAUAUUUACAUGUCAGGAUCCGGUGGUGGAAAAUCUCCGCUUUGCCAUACUGAAGCAACUUGUAUUAAUACUUAUGGCAGUUACAAAUGCCAGUGCAAUCAAGGAUACACGGGGGAUGGUUUAACUUGUUCAGAUAUAGAUGAAUGCAGUUUAAUGAACAAUGAAAUGCAGCAAUACAAUUAUGGUCUUCAAGAAGACGAUAAACAAGAUAUUAUGUACACAGUAGAAAGUUCGACAAUCAUUGCCUGCAGUUAUUAUGCAAAUUGCACGAACGUUCCUGGUGGUUACAAUUGUUGGUGCAAACCAGGGUUUUACGGUGAUGGAUUUACUUGUGAAGGUAUGGAAUGA